CUCUGAUUCUCACCCGGCAUCAGUUGUCAACCUUGAACAUCAGUAUCGAAUGUGCAAAGACAUUAUGCUCCUCUCAAACACCCUCAUCUACUCUGGGCAGCUCAAAUGUGGAACCCAGGAGGUUGCUGCGCGAUCUUUGGAGGUUCCCAAUAUCGGGGGUCUCAGGCAUCUUCAUUUGGACCAUUUCCAACCCCCAGGGCAAAGGCAGCUCUGUUUGGGUACAAGUCAGGGUCGCUGCUGGCUUCGCGAUUUGGUCGACCCAUCUGCGAAAACCCGCCUUGUCAACACAGACACUCUGGCCACACCAGCCUUAGACAUAUCACAGGGGUCGCGAAUCGUCAACCCUACCGAGGCAAUACUCUGCGCCCAACUCGUAGAGGCCUUCAUCUCUUGCGGCAUACCAGCACGAAGCAUUGGUGUCAUCACGUUCUAUCGCAGCCAACUUUCGCUUCUGAAACAGAAUUUGCACCAUCACCUACCGGAUCUCGAAAUGCACACCGCGGACAAAUUCCAAGGACGAGAUAAAGAUGUUGUGGUACUGAGCUGCGUGCGCAGCAAUUCAGACAACCAUGUCGGCGAUCUUCUCCGUGACUGGAGACGGGUUAACGUUGCUUUUACCCGAGCACGAACAAAGCUCCUUGUUGUUGGAAGCAAGGGCACCCUCCGUGGCGGUAAUGAGCUGCUAGGCAAAUAUGUGAAGUUAGUCGAAGAGCAAGGCUGGAUAUAUGACUUGCCAAAGGGCGCUGUGGAAGAUCACGUCUUUAACUCUGACAACAUCCAUACACAACGCCAGCCACAAGAAAGGUCAACACCCAGUCCGAAGAGGAGUCCUACUUCUCAAAAGAAGGCCCGCAAUCCUCUAAGUCCAGCACAAGCCCGGAAUGCCCCGCAGGGUCUCAGGAAGCCGGCAAAGAAGGGAGCCAAGCUGCUGAGUGGUAACAAGGUCCUUGGGAAUAGACCAGUGCUUCAAGAUGUUGUGAACGACCUUAUUGGAUGAUCAUUGUAGCCAUUUAAGACUUUCCAUUUUCCUGUAUUUUCUUGGAUAUGUUUCUGUUUGUAGGUAUUAUUUUGUUGGAGUUCUAUAUACUAUUCACUGGGAAUUGGGACAAUGACUGGAGGGACAGGAGCAGCUGGGACAUCAAAUUUUGGAUACUAGUUGAUACCAUACGGUUAGCUUUAUAUAUUGAAUCAGG